AAGCAGCGCAACCGACCUCCCCCUUGUAAUCGCAUUGGUGCAAAAGUUUAUUUACAUUCCUGCUCGAGGGAAAAAAGUACAAUUGUCGUUUCCGCGGCACGGUGCUCGAGGCAAAAUGUUUGUUGCGCUCCGGUGCUAAGCCUAUUGCAUCGAAACGUACAGUGGUACAGUGAGAGUUUUGCGCACAAAACCCCCGCAGCCAGGCAAGCGGCCGUACCAUGAACUGCAAACCAAUACUGACGUAUUCCGGCGACGUGCGGGUUUUCAAGACACUCGAACCACACAUCGUAGCCGCACUACCAUCGGACACGGCGGAAUGGAAACGGUCGUACGGGCGACCUGUGAAGAAUGUGCGCGUCGAGGCCACCUUCAAGCCGUUCGACCACAACGCCCUCGAGCGGUACAAGGAUGGCCGGUGGAACAUCAUCGAUCAUCCGGUACUGCACAUCUACGUGACGGAGUGUACCGACAUCGAAGCGUACCGGGCGUCGGUAAAGGAAGAGAUUGACCAGUGGCUCAAGGUGCUGAACAACUACAACGUGACCGACUGGAUGAUCCUGCUGGUCGAAACGUUGGACGUGAAAAAGUCGAAAAACAUCCUGCCGCGCACGACGGUGCUGGACAAGAUACGGCUCGACUUUGCCUCCAAAAACGGGGACCGCUGCCUGUCCGUACUGAAUCCGGCCAAGUUUGAGAUGAAAGCGACGGAAUCGUUCCGCUGCUUGCUGCAGCGCAUCCGGCACCUGAUGCUGACGGGCUACAACCGCACGAUCGUCAAGUACGAAGAGCUCAUUCGUACGAACAGGGAAAACCGCAUACAGGAAAACUGGAGCUUCAUCGACUACUUUGUGCUGCAGGAGCAGCUCGCGUUCGUGCUGGAAAUGCUCGGCCAGUACCCGGAAGCGCUGGUACAGUACGACGAGCUGGACGCAAUGUUUUCCCAGUUCAUACUGAACUCGGUGUUCGGGGAGAAGCAAAAGUGGCUGCAAAUAUUCGAUCAGCCACUGUACGCGUUCCACGGCAUCUCCCUCAAUCCGGCCAAAAUGAACGAAACGCGCGAAAAGAUCAUUGCCUGCAACGUGACGCUGCUCGAGUUUCGCAGCUACCUGUUCGAACGGCAGUGUAUGCUGCUGGACGCCGCCGAUAAGCCGUGGGAAAUUGCCGAACGGUUGCUGCCGUUUCUGUUUUCCACGCUGCGGGAAAUCGAGGCGCUGAAGCUGGAAACGCCCCAGGGUGCGCUCGCGUGCUGGGAGUUCGUGUGCGCUCUGGAGGUGCUGAAUCUGUGCGACAAGGUGCUGGAAUCGAAAGACAUUUACAAGUGUUCGCAGUUUUCCGCCCCGAUCUGGAACCUGGCCAAGGAGAAGCUGUACGCGCUCGGCAAGCAGUGCGGUCUGCUGCCCGGAUUCGUGCCGACUUCGGAGCAGCUGCACACCGUAGUGCACCUGUCGGCGGGUAUGGGCGAUAGUGUACCGGACACGGUGGCAACGGCUCGCAAUCUCGAGCCGGAAAUAGGCGAUCGCACCAAGUCGGGCCACUCGCCGGCAAGAAAACCGAAAAAAUCGGCCACCGAUACGCUGAAGGAGGCGCUCGGUUCUAAUCAAGCGUUUACGAAGCUGUACCUCGAGCUGAGCGAACUGGCCAUCAGCACGUACAAGCACGUGUCGCGGUUACGUUCGGCCCGGCUGGUCGGGCUGGAUCUCGGCAACUUCUACAUCACGCUCAACGAACCGCAGAAAGCGGUCAACUUCUUCACGGACGUUUUGCGCGAGCUGAAGUCAGAAAACUGGCACUAUCUGGCGAGCCAGACGCUGCUCGAUUUGGCCUCCUGCUACCGCAAGAUGGAGGACAUCGUAAACUACACGAAAACGUGCAGCACCAUCGCCUGCUGUCAGGAUUUGGAGCUGCUCGUGCGGACGUUCUACUUUGAUGAGUUUGCGAAAUCGCUCAAAACGCUGCAAACCGUGCGCAAUGUUGAUAUUAACGCGCUCAGCGUUAUCAGCACGCUGGAGGAUCAUUUCCAGGUGCUGGACGUGGUGCUGGACAGCACCUCGAUCGUGCAGGAUGACUACAUUCUAGUUACGCUCGAGCUGGUCAGCAAUUUCCCACGGGAACUAACGGCCGAACAGGUGCUUCUUUCAUUCGAGAUGAACGCCAAACAGGCGGUUGAACCGGCAGCCGGUACGGGAACGCCGAACGCGGAAAAGGAGGUCGGUUCCAAGCUGCCCAUCAUAUUGCAUCUCGAUUACAAGCAGGAUAAUACGCUCGCCGGAUCGUCGGUAGCGUGCGAUAAUCGCGCCAAACAACCGGUACGACGCAGUAGCAGCACGCGGCGCAAGAUAUCGCCCACCCAGCGGUCCGAUUUCACCAACAGUGUGAGUAGCGAGCCACGACUUGUGCUGAAACCGGGUCGCAAUACGAUCACCCUCAGAGCGAAAGCCACGCGCGUCGGUACCUGGAGCUUCCGGCAGCUCUCCAUACAGGUUGACACGGUGGAGUUCCUUUCCGAGGCAUUGCCGCCGAAGAUCGGCAACUUCGAAACGAUCACGAAAGCAUCCGUCGCCACGAUGAACUUCGUAAACCUGGUGGCGGGUGUUGAGCAGCCGGUCGAGCUGGUGAUUUCGGCGGGAAGCUUUCGCUUCCCGAAGGAUGCCACCGCAACCGUGCGCUGUUCGAAGAACUUGAAGAUGCGACUAGCCGCGACCGCCAACGGAGCCGCGGACGGGGAACGGCUACCGUUCGAAAAGGAGCUGAUAGUGCAGUUGGCAGAGUUUGCGCCAUUCGAAAAGCGAACCAUCGCGCUGGAAGCGAUCUGCGAUCUGCCCGGCAAGCGCGAGGAACGUGCGAUCGAGCAGAAGGUUUCGCUGCAGGUGCCCUGGAGCAGAAAUGAAAUCACCAUCCCGCUACACUUUAUGCCCGCGCUGAUCGCGUCCUGCCGGCUGCAUUCGUCCGGCGCCCGCAAGUUUCUGCAGGUCGUCCUGAAGGGCGUCAGCGACUACCGGCUCGUGCUGCGCGAUGCGCGCAUGACGUGUGCGGCCGAAGGUGUCACCAUCAUCGACAUCAAUCCGCCGGAGCAGCAGGAAACGGUCAUGAGCAAGGCGCUGGCGAUUUCGUACCUGUACGAGUUCCAGGUAGAGGCACUGAAGGCCGAAACGGAGCUGCCGAUCGUAAACGUCGACUUUCGGAUGCGCUUUGCCGAUGCGACCGUCCCGGAAGAAUGCCGCACCUACCUGCCGUACAGCGUGACGUUCGACGUGAUGGACUACACCACGCUGUUUACCAUCUGCGCGAAGGUGGAACCGCAGGAACUGUGCCGGGUGAACUCGGUGUGUCACCUGAACCUGCGCAUCUCGAAAGUACAUGACAACCCGUAUGCAGAUCUGAUGUACGAAGUACUGGCCGAUCAGAACAUGUGGGCAGUUGUUGGACGCACGGCAGGAGUCAUCUCGAUGGAAGAGGUGGAAAGCCACAGCAUCACGCUAGAUGUGCUUCCGCUGACGGCCGGCUUUUUACCACUGCCCAAUAUUCGUUUGUCGAAAUACAUCUCGGCCAACAAGUCCAAAAACGACACGCACUCUCGACUACAACCGUUCCCGCCCGGCCAGAUCUACAACUCGACCAAAAGCAUGCAAAUCCAUGUCCUUGCUAGCAACAACAAUGACCAACCCCAGUAGGUGUGCGCGACGAUGCACCGAGCGAGUUCUACUGUACACUAGCUUCUACAUGACGCAUUCCACACCUCGACACUUAUUUAAUAUGCUGCAAAAGAUGGUGUUACAUUACGGGGCUAUUUAGCAAGAAGCUCCAACGGGAGAAGGGCUUCAUUUAAACGGCAUUCAUCUGGAAGCUAACAGCGCAACGCUGGAACACAGUGGAAUUAUUGAAUUUUCGAAAAAAAAAAACAAAAUAAAAUGUUACUCGGCCGUAUAGCACAUGCUCACGUUAAUCAUAA